UUAUAUAUAAUGAUCAAAAUUCCAAUUAUGAUCAAGCGGCUUAUGUGCUAGUCAACCGAACAACUGUAUAAAACCUCUUUAGAACUUUGAAUUACUGCCUCUAUUUUGAAAUCACAUAGCUUAUGGAUACAACUAAAUUAGUUUAAAGUGAACGAUUUGAGGGAAAAUAAAAACAUGACAAGCCAAUAUUAAUAUCAAUCCUUGACAUUGAUUUUGACAUAUGACAACGCGUAUAACCUUAAAAUAUUUGAAAUUAUCAAAACAAUAAAUAUAUAGCGAUAUAAUAAAGAUGCUUUUUAUAUAUUUAUUAAGUUUACUAUCCUUAGCAUUGCAAGCUAUUUUCGUAACAUUGGCUUUAGCUGCGGGAUUGUUCUAUCUCGCAGAACUGGUAGAGGAAUACACAGUUAUCGCUAAAUAUGUAAUAUCAUGGUUUGUUGUAGUAACUGCGGCAAUCCACGUCGGACUUAUAUUAUUUGAAGAUAUUCCAUUCUAUUUGAAUGUAAUAGGCCUGUUCCAACAACUGCUGUAUGGAUUAUUACUAAAGGACUUCCCAGUGGUCCGAGUGUCAAGUGUACCGUUUGUAACGGCUGUGUUGAAUCUCAUAUUACACCAUUAUCUGGCUAUCAAAUAUUUUGGAAGUGUUUAUUAUGCGUUUUCUGAGGUAUUAGCAUAUUUCACACUCUGCCUCUGGAUCGUACCGUUCGCGCUGUUCGUCUCGCUGUCCGCAAACGAUUAUGUACUGCCCACUACUGGGGAAAGACAACCUCUAUUAGAUGACGACAACGUUGUCACAGAUUAUCUAUCACGGAAGGCGAAACGGUAUAGUCUAUUGUCGUUCUUUAGUUUUGCUAAAGAUUCGAUAUUGCCACAGAGAAGUAAAAAAGCUUUUUAAUUUUUUAUAUUAAAUAGGCAUAGGGUGUAAUUAGUUCAGUCCAAAAAUGGGAAAUAUUUGGGUGAUAUUUGUACUUUAAAGUGGUUUAACUUAAAAAAAAAUACUCAAAGGAUUAUCAAAUUGUCUUCCAUUUGGAGCAAUGUCAUUAUAUUAAAAAAUACAUUUAUUUUUUAUGUAGAUUAAUAUAUGCGUAUCGAUUCGGGUGCAUUUGCACAAAACCCUUGAAAAUAUAGUUAUAAGGGAUAUAGUUUGAGUCGUUUAGGCCCACCGACUCGCAUCGGAAAAAGAAGAGGCCUUAUCCCAGCAGUGGGACACUUACAGGAUUACUUUAUAUGUUACAAUAUACAACAUAAUAUAUAGAUUGAUUUCUUCCCGCUAGCAAAAUCUCUCUGAAUUUGACGUCGCUCAAAUAAAGAAUGCCUCGCCAUUCAAUUUUGUUAAAAACUCUUCAAAUUAUUGGUAUUAUUAUAAAAGCAUAACUAAAUACCAAAUUUAAAUUAGCAAAGAAAGAACACAUUUGAAAUUCGAACAAAUGCAUUCGCUUAUAAUUUUGUGAAUAAAACAAAACAUAAUCGAUUUUUUUUUUUACGACCAGCCAGUAUGUUAUCUGGAACAAAAAGGAUUACAUACCUUCCUACCUUUGGUUAGAAAAGAUAUAACAAUUGAUUAAUAUAAUUUAUAGGACAUAACGAUGCGUGGUCUACGCACACAUCUUUAUAAUAUAUGUUCAGCGCUGUUGAAAGGUUACCUCAACUAUUUAUGUUUAUAGUGUAACACUGAUCUUGACUAAAUGACUGAUGUCAGGACAAAUUUAAAUAUAUUAUAACUAUACCAAACUAGAAUCUCAUCGAAAUCGCUUCAGUAAUUCUAUGAUUUUAGUGACGUAAUAGUGAUUUAAAUAUUUUGAGCUUUAGGUUAAGCCACUUUUUAAAAAUUGUCAAUUGAUUCGAUAAGAAUAUGUAAGCAGUUGCUUGGUCUGUGUUCAAUAUUAUUUCUUAUCUGUACUCUUACUUGUGUGAAACAAACAAACAGCCCAUUUGUGUUAGAAGUCCAAAUAAGCUAUACUAAAAUUAAAACGAAUUCAUUCUGUUAUUAAUAGAUUAUUUUUCUUUUCUUCGAUAAUAAUUAAUAUAAUUAUUUAUUUUUGGCUGGCAACAUUGGUGAUAAAUAAACAUGGCGGCUAUUUAAACAGCUUAUUAGGAUUAAUGUAUAUUCUCGUGUUGGUGGUUUGUUAAAAGACUUGGUUAUAUUUAAUUAUGAUUUAAGUGUAAGUUGUAAAUAAUAUUUAUAUGUUAAUUAUAGAGGCCACAGGAAGACAGAGUACCAAAUUACUAGUGUUUUUUUAUAAAUAAUAGAAUAUAAUGACUAAAAUUAAUAUAUUAGGAUAAUAGCAGUGUUCAAAUUAAAAAGUUAAGAGUAAGAUUCUCUUGCUAUAAAUUUUAACCUUUACUUCAAACCUAGUAUAAUUUAUAAUGAGUGGCAUUUAUUAAUAAUUCUUCAUCAUCAUUAUCUCAAUUAGUGGCAGGCGCCAUUAGGAUUGUCGUAAUUUGUUUAUUUUGACGAAAGUGUAAAUUAUACAGCCAGACGUAUUAUCCGGUUUAUACAAAUUUUGAUUAUUAUAUUUAUAUUAAUUAAUAUAAAUGGCCAAUACAUUACACAUCUGCGAUUUACCGACGACAUUGUCAUCAUGGCGGAGACUCUGCAGGAUUUGGAAGAGAUGCUAAACAGCCUGAGCGAUUCUUCAAGACGAGUAGGUCUCGGGGUGAACAUUGAAAAGACCAAAAUUAUGGCAAACCGACAUGUAUCCCCGAGACCAGUGGUCGUAAAUGGCUCUCCACUUGAAGUUGUGUAGGAAUAUAUCUACCUGGGCCAAACCAUACAACUUGGCCGGCACAACUUUGAGAAGGAGGCUAAAAGAAGAAUACGUUUGGGCUGGGCGGCAUUCGGGAGGUUACGUCAUAUUUUUGAAUCGUCGAUCCCACAGUCGCUUAAGACCAGGGUAUUUAAUCAGUGCGUCCUACCUAUAAUGGCUUACGGUGCCGAAACGUGGACACUUACCGUAGGACUGGUCCACAAAUUUAAAGUCGCUCAGCGAGCAAUGGAAACCGCGAUGCUAGGGGUUUCUCUGGCAGAUAGAAUCCGAAAUGAGGACAUUCGCCAGAGAGCUAAAGUCACCGACAUCGCGCGUAGAAUAAGCUCGCUGAAGUGGAAGUGGGUUGGUCAUGUCUCCAGGCGCAUUGAUGGCCGACGGAGCCGACACGAGAGUGGAGACCACGCUUAGGCAAACAUAGUGUAGGACGCCCUGUGACAAGAUGGACCGACGAUUUAAAAAAGGUGGCAGGUUCGGGAUGGAUGCGGACUGCCCAAGAUUGGGAUGGCUGGCGUUCUAUGGGGGAGGCUUUCGUCCAGCAGUGGACGGCAAAAGGCUGAAAAAAAAAAACAAAUUUUGAUUGACUGAUAAGCGCCACUGCUGCGAAAGAGCUGCUAGUCAAUGAUUAUUGUAAAUUUGAAAAAUAGUGUUGAUCUAUUAUUUAAGAUGUAAUUAUUAAAAUUUAGAAAAUGAACGAAUAAACAAUCACGGCCUUAUCUUGUAACCCUUGUGUAGCCGGUGUUCAGUUAAACUGAUUAUUUCUUUGUCAUUAUUGCUUUGACAUUCGAAAGAAAAAGAUAGCAAUAUUUAACAAACCAUUUAUUCAACAGAUAAUAAAAUGAACUUAAUACAGAAUAUACUAAUAUAAGUCUAGCGUUUUUUUUUAUUUUAAGUAAAUUAUGUUGCUUUAAAAUAUUUAUAUGUAAAUAUUGACUCAUUAUUGUAAUAUUUUUG